AGUCAUUUGGAAAAUUACGUGGCAUUCCAGACUGUCCCGUUUUACGUUACAACAAAAUAUACACGUAGCCUAUUUUUUGUUGGAGGUACUCAAUGGCUACCUAUCAAGAAUUUAUCCAACAGAAUGAGGACAGAGAUGGCGUUCGCUUCAGCUGGAACGUCUGGCCCUCCAGCCGUAUUGAGGCCACUCGUAUGGUGGUCCCACUAGGAUGUCUGUUUACACCUCUGAAAGAGCGGCCAGAUCUGCCACCCAUUCAGUACGACCCAGUGCUGUGUACUAGGCCUACAUGUCGAGCCAUCCUUAACCCUUUCUGUCAGGUGGAUUACAGGGCUAAGGUCUGGGCCUGCAACUUCUGUUUCCAAAGAAACCCGUUUCCGCCCCAGUAUGCAGCUAUUUCAGAUCAACACCAGCCUGCUGAGAUCAUCCCACAGUUCUCAACACUGGAGUACACAAUCACUAGAGCCACAUGUCAUCCUCCCGUAUAUCUUAUUGUCCUUGACACCUGUAUGGAUGAAGAGGAUUUGCAGGCUGUCAAGGAGUCUUUACAAAUGUCUCUGAGCUUGCUGCCACCAAAUGCCCUCAUUGGAUUGAUAACAUACGGGAAAAUGGUUCAAGUCCAUGAGUUGGGCUGUGAGGGCUGCUCAAAGAGCUACGUAUUCAGGGGAACCAAAGAUUUGACAGCUAAACAGAUUCAGGACAUGCUGGGUUUACAAAGGGGUGGCACAACACAGCAACAGAGGGGUCCUCAACAGCAACAGCAGCAGCAGUUGCCCUCAAACAGAUUUUUACAACCAGUUCACAAGUGUGACAUGAACCUGACAGACUUGCUUGGAGAGCUGCAGAGAGAUCCCUGGCCCGUGUCCCAAGGGAAGAGACCACUCAGGUCGACGGGUGUGGCCAUGUCUAUAGCUGUGGGUCUGUUAGAGUGUACAUUCCCAAACACGGGGGCGAGGAUCAUGCUGUUUGCCGGUGGACCCUGUACACAAGGACCAGGCAUGGUGGUGGACGACGAGCUGAAGAACCCCAUCAGGAAACACCUGGACAUUGAGAAGGACAAUGUGAAGUUCAUGAAGAAAGCAAUGAAGCACUAUGAAAUGUUGGCCAAUCGGGCGGCAAAGAAUGGUCAUGUUCUGGAUAUAUAUGCAUGUGCCUUGGACCAGACAGGAUUACAUGAGAUGAAGUUCUGUCCUAGAUACACAGGUGGUCACAUGGUGAUGGGUGAUUCCUUCAACACCUCCCUCUUCAAGCAGACUUUCCAGAGGGUGUUCGCCAAGGAUGCUAAGGGAGAGUUCAAGAUGGGCUUUGGUGCUACUGUGGAAGUCAAGACAUCGCGGGAGCUGAAAGUGUCAGGAGCCAUUGGACCCUGUGUGUCUCUAGGGGUGAAGGGACCGAGCGUGUCAGACACAGAGAUGGGCCUGGGGGGCACCUCCCAGUGGAAGAUGUGUGGACUCUACCCCAACACCACCCUGGCUCUAUUCUUUGAGGUUGUCAGUCAGCACAAUGCUCCAAUCCCCCAGGGAGGGAGGGGUUACCUACAGUUUAUCACUCAGUACCAACACUCCAGUGGACAGCGCAGGGUCAGGGUCACCACACUGGCCAGGAAUUGGGCCGAUGCUAGCACCAACAUCCAGCACAUUGCGGCGGGAUUUGAUCAGGAGGCGGCGGCUGUACUGAUGGCACGAACCGCCGUGUUCCGAGCGGAGACAGACGACGGACCAGACGUUCUACGCUGGCUAGAUAGAAUGUUGAUUAGACUGUGUCAGAAGUUUGGAGAUUACCAAAAAGAUGAUCCAAACUCUUUCCGUUUCUCAGAGAAUUUCUCUCUCUAUCCUCAAUUUAUGUUCCAUCUGAGACGCUCACAAUUUUUACAAGUUUUUAACAACAGUCCUGAUGAAACAUCCUACUAUAGACACAUGUUGAAUGUAGAGGACUUGACACAGUCCCUUAUUAUGAUACAACCUAUCCUGUACGCCUACUCCUUUAAUGGAACUCCCGAGCCUGUUUUACUGGACACCAGCAGUAUACAGCCAGACAGGAUCCUGCUGAUGGACACGUUCUUCCAGAUAGUGUUGUACCACGGAGAGACGAUUGCUCAGUGGAGGAAACAGGGAUACCAGGACCAGCCAGAGUAUGAGAACUUUAAACAACUCCUUAACGCCCCUGUGGACGAUGCUCAGGAAAUCCUACAGACCCGGUUCCCCAUGCCCCGAUACAUUGACACGGAGCAUGAUGGCUCCCAGUCUCGUUUCUUGCUUUCCCGAGUGAAUCCCUCACAGACACACAACAACAUGUAUGGAUGGGGACAGCAAUCAUCUGGAAUGAUCAUAAGCUCAUCUGAGUCCUAUCAGGACGGUGGUGCCGCUGUGUUAACGGACGACGUCAGUUUACAGGUGUUUAUGGAACAUUUAAAGAAACUUGCCGUGUCCAGCUCAUCGUGAUAGAGCUAGAAAUGAUGGUUGUCAUCGGCGACAAUGACAGAAUGACUCUCUAACACGACGCAGUGACCCCCGGGUCACUACAGCAUUGCCUUGUGCCAAGUACAGAGGGAUUCCCCCUCCCCUGUACGUCAUAAACAGAUAAACCGUGCAAUUUAUUGACACUAUUACAAGGACUGUGUCCUUUUUAUUAAAGAUGAUUUCAUUUCAUUCUUUUAUGUGUGAAGUUUGAUGUAUGGUUGUAAGGAUAUGUGUAGUGAAUGGACUUUGGACCUUUAUCUUAUCAGUUAUAUGAUGUACACUUUGUUAUAUAUGUACAUGUAUAUCUGGAUUUUGUGAAUGCUAUUUAUGAAUUGUUGUAGAUGGUUAAUAAAUAAACAUGCUAUGAAACAUGAAA